GAGUGUUUCAAUCGGUAGCAGUAGAGGGCGCACAAUCAAUGUUUUGUGAUCUCAAGAGGGCGCCUUCAUACGUCCUUUUCCCAUCUAAACCCGUCAAAAUGGUUAACGUUCCCAAGGCAAGGCGUACCUACUGCAAGAAGUGUAAACAUCACAAGAUGCAUAAGGUGACGCAGUACAAGGCCGGCAAAGCCUCUGUGCACGUCCAAGGAAAAAGACGUUACGAUCGUAAGCAGACAGGCUACGGAGGACAGACCAAACCUGUCUUUCACAAAAAGGCCAAGACCACAAAGAAGAUCGUCCUAAGGAUGGAGUGCACCGAGUGCAAGUUCCGCAAACAGCUCCCCAUCAAGAGAUGCAAGCACUUUGAGCUGGGAGGAGACAAGAAGAGAAAGGGCCAGAUGAUCCAGUUUUAGACCUGCUGAAGAUCUUGGCACAUCUAGGAACAUGUCUCUCUCUUGGGUGCACCAAAUAUUGCAGAAUCCAGACCUUUUUUGUCUCGAUGCAUGAAGGCAGUGUGUAUGAAUUCCCUGACACUGGGGCCUACAGUGGGCAGGGCUAGAUCCCAGCAACGUAAUUAGAUUACACAAUGUGGUAAAAACUGUGUUAAUAUUAAACCAGCCGUCAGAAAUGUAAACUCA